AUGAUCUUCACUUCACUUGGAUACAUCAAGUUCACGUCUGGUCAAUUGAGCAGCGGAUCUGCCAUCUACACCACCAUCGCCUGCUACUCCGCCAUGCUCUGCGGUCUCUACUACGUCAUUCCGGUUGGCGUGCUCAAGCUGACCUCCAGCGCCCCCAGGGUGCUGUACCAGCGCAUCGUUGAUGCUGCUUUGGCGAUCGCGCUCCUGGUCGCCGGUAUCGUGCACGCAAAGUCCGACGCAGUUAAGGACUGCUCGUCGUACAGCACCAUGUUCGAGACUUACCACGGCUCGGCACUUUUCCGCUGUGGCAACAUGACCACUGCCAUUGUCUUGACGUUUGUAACGUGUGGACUGUUCCUGGUGACGCUGGUGUGGAGCUUCGUGCGUGACACGUGGAAGUCGGUGCAUGGCGACAAUCUGCAGACUGCUCUGACUGACGACAACGGCUACGCAAUUGCCACCACUCCAGGCAAGAAGGACGGACAGUCGAGCGCACAGGCAACGGUGGACUUGGACGCCCAGCACCCGGGGCUGAAGAUCGUUCGCUGCACUGGCCGUACGCUCCAGUUCGGGUGCUCUGUGGUGGCACUUGUGUGCAUUGUGCUGGGCUACAAGCACUACUAUACGGGCCAGUACCUUGAGCCCAAGGCGACAUAUGCCAUUCUCAUGGCUUACAGCGGUGUCCUGUAUUCGCUGUGGCACAUGGUGGCAGUUGAAACGCUGAAGCUGUCGCGUCACCCGACUGUGGGGGUCGAGCGCUUCAUGGACGUCCUGAUUGCUGCUGGUCUCCUGGUUGCCGGUAUCCUAUUCGCCUCGUCGAAGCAAGUCUCGGACUGCUCCACUACAAACGCGUCCUUUGCGGUAUACCACGGCUCGACGCUGUUCCGCUGCGGCAGCAUGAACACUGGCUACAUCUUCAGCUUCAUCGCGGUGGCUCUGUACCUUGUGACGUUCGCGCUGAGCUUCCUGUACCGCUCCACCUCGACUUCGAGCGAUGCCGACAGCAACCACUCGGGUGAGACGCACGCUUCGGACGCAGGCCAGCAAGUGUAA